AUGGCAUCCGGCCCCAGGGGGUUCGGCGCUCGCGGGGGGCAGGCGAGGCUGAGCAGCAGAGGAGGUACGGUGUGCAAGUGUGUGCGCGCGCCGGCGCGCGCGCCGCCGGGGGAGGGCCCUGGUGGGGCUGCGGCAGGGGGCGGGCAGGCCGCUCCUCUCCUCCCAGUCUCCGGGCUCCUCGGUCCUCGGCGGGGCCUGCCCGCCGCGGGGGCCCUCUACCUGCCUGCCAUUUUCCGCGGCGGGCGCGCCCCUGGGCCGGGGCUGGCGGCGCCCGGGGCUCCCCUCUUCCUCCCGCUGGCGCUCCGGUUCUGGCUGGUAGCGGGCGGCGCGGUGGCUCCGGCGCGCUCCCCCGGGGCCAUAGAGUCAGGGCCCCCGGAGCGGGCGCUCAGCGGCUCGGCCUGCCCGGAGUCUCGGCGGCUCGGCGCCGGCUGGGUCCCCGCCCGCGGGGACGGCCGAGGCUGCAACGUGAGUGGCGCCCUCCCGCCGGCGGCUCGGCAUGGAGCGGGGCUCCGAGGAGCGCGGGGUGUGCUGGGCGCUGCCGCGGUGGUGGGUCUCCCAGGGCCGCCACGCUCCAGCCCCCGCGGGGUCCCUCGCGCAACCGCCGCCCCCGCCCCCAGCAGUCGCCAGGAUUCCCUCGCUCCGGUUGUUAUGGUGACAGCUGCGCCGGUGAAUGAGCGUCUUAGUGACACGCGCGCGCCCGCUCAGCCAGAUGUGGCCCCCGCUGCCCUCUACCCAGGCCCGGCCACGGAUAAAUUCCGCGCGCUCCUCCAGCACUUCCAGUCCAGCUCUGAGUCGGUGAUGAACGGCAUCUGCCUGCUGCUGGCCGCGGUCACAGUCAAGCUGUGCUCCUCCUUCGACUUCAACUGCCCCUGCCUGGCGCGCUACAAUGCCCUCUAUGGCCUGGGCCAGCUGCUCACGCCCCCAGCCGCCCUUUUCCUCUGCAGCCUCCUGGCCAACUGGCAGCCCGUGGUGAUGGUGGAGGAGAGGCGCCGGCCUGCGGGGCACCGAAGGAAGGACCCAGGCAUCGGCAGGUAUAUGUUCUCCUCUGUGCUGUAGAGAGCACCGGCCGCCCUUGUCUGGAUCCUGCUGGCUCUCCUCGAUGGGAGCUGCUUCGUGUGCGUCUUCAGCAGCUCCGUGGACCCCGACAAGUUUCUAGACUUUGCCAGCAUGACCCCCAGCCAGGUGCAGCUCUUUCUGGCCAAGGUGCCCUGCAAGGAAGAUGAGCUGGUCAGGGACAGGCCCGCUCGGAAGGCAGUGUCUCGCUACCUGCAGUGCCUGUCACAGGCCAUCGGCUGGGGUAUCACCCUGCUGCUGAUCGUCGUGGCCUUCCUGGCCCACUGUUUGAGGCCCUGCUUCGACCAGACAGUCCUCAUGCAGCGCAGAUACUGGAGCAACUACGUGGACCUGGAGCAGAAGCUCUUCAACGAGACAUGCUGUGAGCACGCGCGGGACUUCGCACACCGCUGUGGGCUGCACUUCUUCGCCAGCAUGCAGAGCGAGAUGCGGGCGUGGGGGCUGCCCCGGGACUCCGCGGGCAGGGGUCCGGAGACCCCUGAUGCUGAGCCCCGCGAGGGCCUGGACGGUGGAAGCGGGAAAGCCCACCCGCGUGCAGUCUCCAGUCAGGAGCAGGUGGACCACCUCCUGAGCACCUGGUACUCCAGCAAACCACCACUUGACCUCACAGCAUCUCCUGGACUCCGGGGGGGUGGCCCCAGGCACCAGGCCGCCCCAGCACACCGACGUGUAAGGACCCUGGCCGCGUCCCCACGUAAAGUGCCCGCUCUGACAAGGGUCUGA